AUGGCGAACUACUACCACGAGGCCCGGGCGCACGUGCGGCGCUUGAAGGAAAUGUCAGAGGAGAACAAGAGACGGGCUGAGAGACGUGCAGAGCUUGCAAGCGCCCAGGCGGAACAUCCAAUCAACUUUCUGAUGGGGGAGGGACACAGCUGCAAGAUCCAUCGCAGCACUGAACAGUAUAACGCCAUUGAGAGACAGGAGGGGAUGAUCGCCUGGAAUGAUCACCAGGACAACAUGAUUGAUCGUUUCGAUGGGCGUGCCUUGCUGGACUUUUACAGGGAGCCUUCCACAUCAAGGAGACAAGAAAAGGCACCAGAAGAGGUGGAAUUAGAGAAGUGGGUGGCUUUUGAAAGCUACAGAGAUCUCGUUCGACUGCUGAGUCGGGGAAUAAGUGAGUCAGAAGGGCUUGCUUUCGUGGAGCACGAAAACAUUGAGAUACGUGCCAAGGCAAAAGUUGCAGCUGCUGCUGCAGUCUCUGGGGCACAGGGAGAGCAGGCAGCACUUGCGACAGCAUCAAACAUCUCCUCAGGUCUUGCAGGAUACGCUGUAUUUGGUUACGAUCUGGACGAUGGCUCAUCGAGUGACAAUGACAGCGACGAGCAACAUGAAGGAGAUGAAGGUGACGACGAAGACUCUCAGGAGGAGGGUGAAGGCCGUGGAGCCCAAGUUCUGGAUAGAGACGAGUUGGACAGAGUGGGUGAGGAGCAGUUUGGGAUUGAGCACUUCAGCUCGAGGCUUAAGCGGGUGCUGAAAUUUGAAGGGGAUGCAGACGCCUUCAGGUUCAAAGCAGCAGGUCGUCGGCGUAUCAGUCGCAAGAAGUAUGCAGAGCGAGCAAAGCGGAUGGCAGGGCAAGGGCUGGAUCCGCAUGGACAUCCCAGCGACUGGAAGGACUUGCCUAAUCAGCCCCUAAGAGAGGGGCGGUCAGGUGCAACACACAGACGAGGGAGCCACCGAGCCAGCCCUGACUACCAUUCACAAGCAAGGCACAGGCACUACUCCAGUUCAAGGUCCCGUUCCUCAUCUGGGGGCAGGUCUCGCUCAAGAUCGCCAAGGGCCCAUGGUCAGAGGGGCAGGACGGAGUACAUCACUGAGUUCCGCGGAGAGACAGCCCAUCAUAGUCGCCACGGUGGCUGGGUGGACGAGUCGGCGGCCGAGACGCGGCACCCUGCAACACGGUCGGACCCCUUCCAUAUCUUUUGCAGCAGACAACAGGAGAAACUCCACUGCAGGGGCUGCUCCACGCCAGGUUACCGGAUAGGAGGGGUACCGAAACUGGAGAUUGAUUGCAUGGGCAAGUUGCUCCAUUGGGCUUGCUCAGUCCUGCUUGGAUGCGUUAAGAAAAGAUAA